GAUGAAUCCCAGUGGUCUUUGGCUCAAACAGUUUUAGAGUCCCGUUCAGUUCGAAUCCGAGAGACGCAGCCGUCUUAUCCAACAACAGGCGACGACGUCCAGAAAAGGGGAACCGACGACGGCUGACCAGCUUCCCGAUUCCUUCUCGUGGAUAAACAAUGUUGACAACUUAGACCAUAGUGAGAGGUAAAUAAUACGAAUCGAACGACAACGAAAAUGGCUGGGACCGCCAUCGUCGACGAUCAAAUCCGCAACCAUUAGGAGAAGAAUCAAGGGCGCUAAGGAAUAUAAUACCAAAUAUCCGGAGCAAAACAGAAAGAAAAGGACACACGAAAACAACAGAGCCAAAGUGUGCUGCGCCGUAGCCUAGGUGUUUAAACAAACAUGACGUCCCGUUCGAAGGCAUCGAGAAAGCAAGAGGAAGAGAAUGCUGGUGAGCUGAUGAUAGCAUGGCAGAAGUAUUCUGCUAUAGGACCGGAGGAGCUCAAUCUGCAAGAGGGUGAUUUGGUUGAGCUUUUGGAUACGGAAGAUCCUACAAUCUCUUCGCCAAAGAGAGCGCGAUUGGAUCCGGAAUUGGAAGUCAAAGGUGAGCAGCUCUUGGACAGCGCUGCUGCCAAGCACAAAUUGUCGGUGAAACCUAAGAGAUCCAGGUCUAGCUCAAGGUAUUCCCCGACCAGGACACCCCUAAACGCAAGAUGGUUGGUGCGGAUGGUGAAGGGCGACAAGAAGCAAGGUUGGGUGCCGUGUCAGGUGUUGCAGACCGCCGAUGAACCCCAACCAGGAACUGGGCUGCCCGGCGACGCCGCAUUCAGACGCCAGGCCGUCGUCAAGGAGCUGGUCGAGACGGAGCAGGAGUUCGUACGGGAUUUGGACUUCGUCGUGCAGAACUACCUGAUCGGCUCAGAAAGGGAGCCCAGAAAACCGAAGCUUAUCAAGGACAAUUUCGAGCUAAUCUUUGGAAAUCUCAAAGAGAUAUCCGAGUUCCACAGAACGGUGCUGAUGGAAGGCGUUAAAUAUUACGCGAACGAACCGCAUCUGCUUGGAAAAGCUUUCCUUAGGUUGGAAAGGGAUUUCGAUAAGCACGUGAGCUAUUGCAAAGAAGAACCUUUGGCUCAAUCCUUUCUGGACACUUGCGACGUGGCCAGGGAAUAUUUUGAAGAGCUUUCGCAUCGCUUAAACGACGACAAAACCAUCGCCGAACACCUCAAGUUACCCAUCCAGAGGAUCAACGACUACCAACUUCUCCUGAAGGAGUUAGUCAGGUAUAGCGCUUGUCUUGGCGAAGACAAUUCAGAUCUUCAGAAGGCUUUGGAGUUGAUGCUAAGUGUCCCACACCGGGCACAAGACGAUAAAUUUACUAAUAGCAUCGAAGGUUAUCGUGGCAGCAUCCAUAAAUUAGGUCGCCUGCUCGCCCACGAUUGGUUUUCAGUCUGCUUCGGCGACAUCACCAAAGAACGUUACCUAUUUCUCUUCAAAGCCCGCAUCUUAAUCUCUAAAGUACGAAGGAUUUCGGAAGAUCGAUCUGUUUUUCAACUCAAAGACAUAAUCAGAUUACCACAAGUAGAAGUGAAAGAUCAUCCUGACGAUCCAUUUGUCUUCGAACUAUUCGAUAAAACAGCAGGUCACGCUCUGACCUUGACUUGCCACCGGGAGCAAGUUAAAGAUUUUUGGUUGAAGGAAAUUAAAGAAUUUGCUACUGAAAUCGAAGAAGGAGCUGACGAUUUGCAAGUCCUCUCAGGGCCAGCAUCGCCCCCAGAGCCAGUUCUACAACAAUACCAACUUCCCAAAGAACCGCCCAAGAUCCAAGUAGAAGUUGCACAGAUAAUUGAGGAAAGUAAACUUCCUAGAGUCGUAGAACUUCAGAAAAAAGAAGAUAAAGUCGUCGAAAAGAAGGCAGUUGAAGUUGAGAAAAAAGGGGAAUCUGUUUCAGUUCAGAAAACAGUCGAAUCUAAAGUUGAAGCAACAUCUGUCAUCCAAAAAUCAUCAUCUAUUAAAACAACAGUACAAACAUCGACGCAGCAAAAAGUUGAAUCUGUGCAGAAAGUACAGUCCUCUACAAAAGUAGAAACGACUGCUCAAACACUUGACACGGUUACACAUAAAGCAGAUACACUAUCUCAAAAAGUUGACACUGUCCCGCAGAAAGUUGAAACUCCAACUCAGAAAGUUGAAAUAUCUCAACAAAAAGUAGAGACAAUAUCUCAAAAAAUAGCUGCAAAAUCUGAAACUGCCAGAGAGGCACAAUCAGUAACACAGAAAGUAGAAACCACUCAACAAAAACUUGAAACAACAUCACAAAAAUCAGCAACUGCUGAGAUUCAGCAGAAAGUCGAAGCCGUAACCCAAAAAGUUGAAAGUGCAUCAAAACAAAUUGCUGUUGAUAGUGAAAAGCAGAAGUUAGUAAAUCCGGUCUUAAGUAAAACUCACAUAAGUGUAGAUAAUCGUGUGUCGGGAAGUGCAAUUGCUUUAAGUAGGGAUGGUUCUAAAUCAGAAUUAGCUGAUUACGGUGAUAGUUUUAGAGUGAACGUCGCGGUCGGUCUUAACGUCGACCAAGAAGCUAUGAGUAGGAAACACGUCUCCGCGUAUGGCACCUCUGAGGGCUACGGUGAAAUGUCUUCGUCGUAUUCCCGGUACUCUUCAUCGGCUGCUGGAGAUUCGUUGUCAAAGAGAUCGUUGUCCAUUGACUCUGAAAGCAGAGGAAGCACCACCAGCUAUUCCCGUAGAUCCACCGCUCUGGGUUCAGCUGCCUUAGAUGAGACAUCUGGCAGAAAGUCAUUAAGAUCUGACGAAGGAGAUUACAGUUACAAAAGAACAUCUCUUGCUGGCGAAGGCGAUUACAGCUAUCGCAAAUCAACUGCUCUCGAUGAAGGAGAUUACAGUUAUCGCAAGUCAGCUGCUGUGGAUGAAGGAGAUUACAGCUAUCGAAAAUCGAGGCUUGCGGACGAUAGUGAAUAUAGUUUCAGCAGGCGAAGCAUUAAAGAUAAACAUCAUGAAACUUCUGCUUACGAUGCAGAAGAUUCGUACGUGAGUAAGAGAAGAUCUGAGAGGUUGUCAUCCAAGGCAUCAGUCGAAGAUGAUUUUGACGCGGAUGCGUAUGUGAGCAAAAUCAAAUCAGAUAGUUACCGUCGACUCACUUCAACGGAUUCAACUGAUUCAUACAAGCGAUCUCUUAGUAACCAAGGAGAAGAAGAGGACAGGUUGGCUAAAUUCGAAAAAUAUUCUCGACGUUCAUCUUCUGAACAGGGUAAAUAUAAUCGAACGGAUUCAAUUGGCGCCGAAACGAACGAACGCAGCGACUCUUUUCAAACUGUAACCCAAUCGACCGUCUUUGACGGAAAAAUACUCGAAGAUGCCGUGAAGAAAUCCAAGUCUAAAGAUAUUGGCAUGGCUCCACCAGACGAAACUCCUAAAUUUACUAAAACUCUAGGAGGCAUACACAUUAAACUAACUGAGGAGGAAAAGGAAGAGCUGAAAAAGCCUGACUUUACCGUUAAAUUGAAGGACACUGAAUUGCUCGAAGAUACCUAUUUGAGAUUUAUGCUCAAAAUCAGAGGAGAACCCCAUCCAAUUUUGACAUUUUACAAAGAUAAUGUUAAAAUUCAAGAUUCUGAACGAAUCAAGGUCAACCGAGACCUGUCUGAUCACGAUUUUUAUGAAUUGGUAAUCCCAGAUGUAAAGCCCCAAGAUGCAGGUGUGUACAAGUGCGUUGCUAUAAACGAACACGGCGAGGCCUGUACUGAAGCCAAGGUCACUGUAACCGAAUCUAAACAUCUCUUCGAUGAUCUGCCAAACAAGGAAAUUCCUUUGCCACCCGGAGAAAAGCCUUCUUUCAUUUGGAAGAAGGACGGUAAGGAAUUUGAGGCCGAAGAACGUUUCAAAGUCUUGUUGGGCGACGAUGAGGAUUCUCUUGCAUUGAUCUUCCAACAUGUAAAACCGGAAGACGCUGGCCUCUAUACUUGUGUGGCGCAAACCACUACCGGUAAUAUUAGCUGCAGUGCUGAAUUAACUGUACAAGGUACAGUUCAUGAAUUGUACAGAGAACCAGAGAAACCUCAGCUCAUAAUAGAGAAGCGCGAAGCCAUCACCUCAGUCGGAGGUUCUUGUAUUAUGGAACUUCAAGUAAAAGGUUUUCCUAAACCAAAAGUCACUUGGAAACACGAAGGUGAAGCUGUUGAGCCAAGUCAGAAAUACAAAUUUUUGCAUGAAGAUGAAGAGACUAUGUCUUUGGUCAUCAAGAAUGUUGAAGCUAAAGAUGCAGGACGUUACGAGAUCACUGCUGAAAACGAGCUUGGCCAGGAUAUCCGUGAAAUGCAUCUCACCGUAAAAGCCCCACCAACAAUUUGCAAAAUGACAGACACAACUGCCUCCACCGAACAGGAACUGAAAAUGACCGCUGAAAUCGAUGGAAUUCCAAAACCAACUGUGCAAUUCUAUAAAGAUGGAAAGAUUAUCAAGAAUACCGAACUGAUAAGCAUCGUUGAAGAAGGAAAUAAAUAUAGUAUUGUUAUUAAGAAUACUACACUUAAGGAUUCCGGUUCAUACUCUGUAGUGGCAAGCAAUGAAAUGGCACAAGUAUCCCAAUUUUGGAACCUUGAGAUUUACUGCAAGCCUAAGAUCUUAAAGAAGAUUGGUGAAAAUAAGUCCAUCUCUCAAAAGGCUGAGGUUGAACUAAGUAUCAAAAUGGAAUCUCAACCACCACCAGAAAUUACUUGGUUUAAAGACGGCGUCGAGAUAAAAUCCGAUGGUCAUUACAUCAUUUCUGAUGAUGGAGAAACAUAUAAGUUGAAGAUUACCGGAUCCGUCACCACUGACUCUGCUUCGUACAAGGUCAGAGCUAAAAAUAUUCAUGGAACUUCUGAGGAUGAAGCCAGAGUUGAUGUAAAGAGAGCACCAACUAUCGUUCAAGCUCUUGAAGAUAUGACUGUAACCGAGCAUGACAAAAACGUUACCUUAGGCCUUAAAGUAGAUGCGUUUCCCAAGCCUACCGUCAAGUGGUUCCUGGAUGAAGUGGAGAUCCAGGAAACAAGAACUGAAUAUACAAAAAUUGAAGCUGAUGAUGGUCUCAAACUGGUCAUCAAAGAAGUGGGAAGUGAAUUGAGUGGAAAAUAUACUUGCAAAGUUAUUAACGAGCUAGGUGAAACAAGCACAAGCGCCAAGUUGACAGUGAACUGUAAACCAAAGGUUAUCAAACAAUUGAAGGAUACAACUGUCGAGGAAGGCGCCACUUUGCAUCUCGAAUGCGAAGUAGAAGCAGUGCCAGAACCAACUGUUAAAUGGUUAAGAAAUGGAAAAGAAGUGUCCGCAGAUGCCAGGAUCAAAAUUACCAGAGAUACCAAACGCUUUGAGAAUUACCACCUCAGCGUGAACCUCAUCAAGUACGAAGAACAAGGAGAAUAUGAAAUUCAAGUCACCAACACCUUGGGCACAGUAUCGAGCAAGAGCAAUGUCACAGUACACAAAGUGAGCCAUACUGAUGCGAUAGAAGAGGAAGCUCCGGUCAAACUUAAACUUAUAGUAGAUGAGGUCACGACGGACGAAUUUAAAAUCGAGGAAGUCAUCGAAGAACCAGAACAGUGUCAAAUAGGUGACAAGAUGAUAGUCGAGGAGGGCAAAGUUGAAGAACCGCAACCCAUCGUCGAAGAGGAAAUAUUAACAGUCAAGAAGCGAGCCAAAUCCGCGGGUACUGAUGUAUGCGAGAUCAUGGAGGUCGAGGAACCAACCACACCGGAAGCUACAAAACCCGCUGAACCUCAGAAAGCGGAAGUAGAGGACGACGAUAUUGAAGCUCUUUUAGAGAGAGCCAAAAAGCAAAGGUCUUUAGUUGAAGAAAUCGGCGCACAAGCUCUACCGACAAUCACUGAAUCAAAUAUGAAGGAUAGGUCCCAAUUCGAAUCUUUGGGAACCGUCUUUUCAGUAACAACAAAUGGAAAUCCAGCUCCAACAGCUGCAUGGACUUUGAACGGAAGUCUUAUUAAACCAGGAGCAAAUCAACGCUUCAAGAUCAUGGAUGAAGGCAAUGUUCAUAAAUUGGAAAUCAUUCGUCUUCAGCCUGCAGAUGCUGGAGUAUAUGAAUGCACUAUCUCUAAUUGCGUAGGAGAUAUUAAACAACAAUCGAAGCUGGAAAUCAUACCCGAGGCUGAAUUGAGAAGACCUAAGGUUCGCGAAGGUUUAGGUCUACAAGAUACAACCGUCAUUAAGAAGAAGGAGGCUGUUUUGAAAGCAGUUAUUGUGGGAGAACCAGUCCCAGAGUUUACAUGGUGCUUCAAAGGCAAAGAGAUUACACCUGAAGAAUUUGAGAAGUACAAAAUGGUCAUUGAGGCUGAGGACAAAGACAUUGAAGAUACAUUGAAGGAAUGCACAUUCUCACUAACUAUACCCAGAUGCGAGAGAAUCAAUGGCGGAGAAUAUUCUUUGAAAUUGAAAAAUAAAUGGGGAGAAACCACAUCCAGUGGUGUACUAACAGUCGUUCUGAGUCCAGAAAUUGAGGGACCUGACUUUGUCAAGGUUGUUCCUGGCGACGCCACAGAGCUCACUUGCAUCAUCCAAUCCAAUCCUAAAGCCAUCGUCACGUGGACUAAGAGCGAAAAUGUCAUAGAGGCCGGUGGAGAUAUUGAAAUCCUGGAAGAUUUAGAAAACGAGAGAUACACUCUGAAGUUUAAUAAAGUUCAACUCUCUGAUGAAGGCUACUACAAAGUCUACGCGAAGAACGAAUACGGAGAAGCAAAUUCUGAAGGCAGAAUCAAAACUAUUAAAGAACCAGAACCGAGCACCGAGAAACCUCAAUUUAUUACUGGAUUGACUGACGGACACGUCGAACACGGUGGUGAAAUCUCUUUGAUGGUGAGAGCAGAUGGUUUGCCAAGACCCGAAAUCAAAUGGUUCUUGAACAACAAGGAAAUUGUCGAUGUACCAGAGCUUCAAUUUGCAACCACUUCUGAUAGACAAAUCACCAGCACCAUGACCAUCAUCAAUUAUGGCGAAAAUGAUUCUGGACUUUACAAAGUCACAGCUACAAAUGUGGUUGGAGAUGCGGAAACUUCUGCUAAAGUUACUAUGCUUCAAACGCCUCCAUCGUUUGCGAAGCGUUUAGAAAGAUCUGAAGAAGUAAAUGAAGGAGAGAAACUGGAGUUGAAGGCAAAAAUAUCCGGUAGCCCUAAACCACAAGUCGCAUGGUACAAGGACGGCGAAAAGAUAGACGCAGAUGACAAAAGAAUCAAAACUGAACAUCUUCCUGACGGUACUGUGAAGUUAAAGAUCGUUGCCGUCACCCCUGCCGAUAGUGGAGCUUACAAAUUGGUCGUAAAAAAUCAAAAUGGGGAAACUGCUGGAUUGUGCGCAGUUGUUGUUAAUGCAAGUGCCAAACGCCCGAAAUUCACUAAAUGUAUCAAAGAUACUAAGGUAAUGGUUGGAGAACCCCUGAAACUAACAGCUAACGUAGCAGCCUAUCCACCACCUGAAAUUAAAUGGAUGAAAGACGGUCUUCCGGUUCGUGCUUCUUCCAAUAUACACAUGGAACACCAUCCAGAUGGAACUAUUGCAUUAGUAGUUGAUAAUGUGAGGCCAGAAAAUGCUGGCAAGUACACUUUAAUAGUUGCCAAUAAAGUUGGUGAAAUUACCGGUGAAGCAAACGUAGAAAUCGAAAAGAGACCAAUCAAACCAGACUUUAUCACUAGAAUAUAUCCACAAACGGUUGUUGAAGGUUUCCCAGUUAAAUUUGAAGUGAAAGUAUCCGGAUUUCCACAGCCGUCAAUUAUUUGGAGGAGAAACGGUGCUGAAGUUAUUUCCGAUAAUAAGCACAUAAAAAUCACGGAUCUUCCCGAUGGUGGAAGCGCUUUGGUAAUCGAUGCUUGCGAUCAACUCCGUGAUGCACUAACAUACUAUGCUAUUGCUACGAACGAAGCAGGAGAAGCCGAGUCUUCAGCACUCUUAACAGUAACUUCCGCGACUAAAGGAGAUCAACCUGAAGAGAGACCAAUGUUCUUGCAUGCUCUCCGCGAUAUCAUCACUGACGAAGGCCAAGAACUUAAAAUGGAAGCGCCAUUUACUGGAAAUCCAAUUCCAUCCGUUGAAUGGACCAAAGAUGGACAACCAAUCGUCCCAUCUGACCGAAUUCUCUUGACUUGUGAUGGUAAAAAGGUUGGAUUACGCAUCGAUCACUCCCUUCCUUCCGAUGCUGGCUUAUACGGCGUACGAAUUGUAAAUCCUUUGGGAUCAGAAACUUCGCAAGCCAAAGCAUCAGUUCAUAAAGUUUUCCAAGCACCUAGCUUUACCCAAAGAUUCACAGAUUUACAACAGUUACCAAAAAGAGAUGCUAAAUUCCCUGUUAGAGUUUCGGGAGUUCCACAGCCAGAAGUUAGUUGGAGUAAAGACGGUGUUCCUUUGCGCGAUUCCGACAAAUAUCGUAUUAAACGGGAUGGAGAUGCUUGCUGUCUUUACAUAGCAAAUUGUCUACCAGAAGAUGAAGGCUCAUACACGGCUACAGCCACUAACAAGGAGGGUCAAGACACAUGCAUGGCUCGUUUGGAAGUCGUUAAAGAAAUUAAAACUCAAAAGAAGAUUGAACCAGCUAACUUUGUAAAACGUAUUGGAGAUACCGAAUUAUACAAGGGAAUGACUGCCAAGUUUACCGCGUGUGCUGCUGGUAUUCCUGAACCUACAGUUGAGUGGUAUAGAAACGAUCAAAGAAUGUACCCAGCUGAUAGAAUCAAAAUGGAAAUGGACAGGAAUGGUUUGUUGCGUUUAACGGUAGCCGGCGUUGAUCAGGAUGAUCUUGGAAAAUACACUUGCAAGAUUUACAACGACCACGGAUCAGAUAGCUGUGAUGCUUAUCUCAGGUUUGAUGAGGGCAUGGAAGCUAGACCCAAGAAACCAAUAACCGAUCAAUACUCAGACUUCGAUAAAUACAAAAAGAGCGGAGCCCCAAUGCCUCUAUCCGAUGCCCCAAUCAUAUCGCGGAUGACCGACAGACAUUGUACCCUUUCGUGGAAGCCAUCUAUUCCUUCAGGGCCAAGAUUCCCAGUCACAUAUCAACUGGAAAUGCUUGAGCAUCCACAUGGUGAUUGGUUCACCGUUCGCUCCGGAAUCCGCAGCUGUUGUUGCGAUGUCCGCAAUUUGGAACCAUUCCGCGAUUACAAAUUCAGGGUGCGCGUUGAGAAUAAGUAUGGAAUCAGCGAUCCCUCGCCCUACGCGAUGACACACCGCGAAAAACUUGAGCCAGAACCAAUCAAGUUCAUGCCAUACUUACCGCCUGGCAUCGACUUUCGACCAGAGACAUCUCCGUACUUCCCGAAAGAUUUCGAUAUCGAUAGACCUCCUCAUGAUAACAUGGCUCAAGCACCACGCUUUUUACGUCAAGAACACGAUGCUCAGUACGGUGUCAAAGACCAAAACACCAAUCUAUUCUGGUUUGUGUACGGAUAUCCAAAACCAAAGAUGGCUUAUUAUUUCAAUGAUGAACUGAUCGAACCCGGUGGUAGGUUUGACAUGAGCUACACAAGAAACGGACAAGCAACGCUCUUCAUAAACAAAAUGUUGGAGAGAGACGUAGGUUGGUAUGAAGCUGUAGCCACAAAUGAGCACGGCGAAGCAAGACAGAGAGUUCGUUUGGAGAUUGCCGAAGCUCCGAUCUUCAUCCGCAGACCGGACAUUGAGUAUGUAAUGGUGAGAGGUAAAGCAAGAUUUGAAGCUAGAAUCUUAGGAGUGCCAUAUCCAGAAAUCAAAUGGUAUCGUGAUUGGAAACCGGUUGCUAAUUCAACUCGUAUUAAGAUUCAAUUUAUGGAACCCGAUACUGCUAUUUUGGUAAUCAAUGACGCCAUUUUCAAAGACGAAGGAUUGUAUUCGGUGAGUGCACGUAACGUUGCCGGAAGCAUUUCCUCCAGCGCUAUGCUACACAUCGAGGAGAACGAUCUUGAAUACAACAUAAGGACAUACAACAAUCCUAAUCCAAUUAAGUUGAGGAAGAAGCCGUACUCCGAUGCGUACGACAUUGGUGAUGAAUUGGGCAGAGGAACUCAAGGUGUGACUUACCAUGCAGUUGAAAGAUUAAACGGUCGCAAUUAUGCCGCCAAGAUUAUGCACAGCAGAGGCGAACUCAAGCCUAUGAUGUACAAUGAAUGGGAGAUUAUGAACCAAUUGCAUCACCGUCGUUUGAUUUCACUGCACGACGCUUAUGAGCAUGACGAUUGUCUUGCUUUAGUCAUGGAAUUAGCUGGAGGUGGCGAACUUGUUAAGGAUUAUUUGAUCAAGCAAGAGUACUACACCGAAUCAGAAAUUGCCGGAUACAUUCGACAAUUAUUACAAGGAUUGCAAUACAUGCACGAGAGGGGCUUUGGUCAUAUGGGACUUAACAUUGGAGAUUUGUUGCUUUCUCACCCAGGAAGCGAUGAACUGAAGAUUGGUGAUUUCGGAUUGUCGAGGCGCGUGCAAAUGGGUCGUUUGUAUCCAUUGAAAUAUGGAAUGCCCGAAUACGUGAGUCCGGAGGCUGCGAAUGGCGAAGGAACAGGCUUAGGCCAUGACAUGUGGAGCGUUGGUAUCAUCACCUACAUUUUACUCUCCGGACAUUCUCCGUUCCGUGGAAUGCACGACAUGGAAACUCUGAUGAACAUUCAAGCCGGAAAAUGGAAGUUCGAAGAUAGUUGGUGGUCAAAUAUGAGUCUGGAAUGUCGCGACUUUAUCUCAAAACUUUUAAUAUAUCAAGCCGAUGGCAGGUUAGAUGUGCACGCAGCUUUGAGGCACCCGUGGUUGGAACGCGCCGAUAAGUCUUGGAGAGACGAGUACAUGAUUAGCACCACAUACUUGAGAGACUACUUUGUUUUGUACCGUGAAUGGUACGAUAACGCAUCUUGUAGAAAAUGGUUCAGGAGGCGCCCGCUGGAAGGAGCUUUCACUCAUCCAUCCAGAAUGGUUUAUCCACCUGGAGAAAGAUCGACACCACCUCCAGCAAAGACACCAGAAAGAGUCGCGCACAAACCAAGAACGUGGGAAGACCAAAUCCCUACAAGAUCACCUCUUAAUUACGAGAUUGGUGCAUUCAAAUCAGAAAGCCACUACCAAAACGGACCGGAUACAUACCUGUUGCAAUUACGUGACGUUGAUUUCCCAGUACGUUUGCGUGAAUACAUGAAAGUUGCUGGAAGUAGAGGACCAGGCCAUGCCCACAUAGUGUCUAACGAGAAUGGAUACGAUUGGGCUACGCCGGUAAUUCGUGAAAGACGUCGUUUUACUGAUGUUAUGGAUGAGGAAAUCGAUGAUGAAAGGAAAGCCAGGAUUAGCAAGUACGGAACUGGAGAUAUGGGAUUCACAAUCCGUCGGUUGAGACACGAAAUCGGUACUCGUUUGGAUACCUAUGCUGAAGCCGAGGCCUUCCUCGAAAGUAAAAUGGAAGGUCGUUUGCCAUUCUUCCGCGAAAAGCCACAAAUAACCGCGCUUCAAGAAGGUAAAGAUCUUGAAAUGAUCUGUAUGGCUGUAGGAGAUCCUGAUCCGAUUGUGCAGUGGUUUAAGAACGAUGCAAUUAUUGCCGAAUCCCACCGUAUUAAAAUUCAAGUAGAUGAACAUGGAAGGUCCCAUUUGAAGCUGUCGCCAGCAUUAGGAUUCGAUGCUGGAUUAUACAAAGUGGUGGCACGCAAUAAGAUUGGUCAAACGAUCUCGAGGACCAGGAUCGUCUUGGGAACAGUCCCAGAUGCACCUGAUUCUCCAGAAGGAACCCAGGUGUCUGAUACCGAAGUCUUAUUGAGCUGGAAACAACCUAAGCACGAUGGCCACUCCCCUGUCAUUUGCUACAGCGUGCAAUUCAAAUUGGCCGAUGACAUGGAAUGGUCCGAUAAAGCAAACAACAUCGAUCAUGAAUUCUACUUAAUGAAGGAACUGGAAGCCGGCAAGAACUACAUUUUCAGGUUAGCCGCAAAGAACGAGAUGGGCUGGAGCGAUUUUGGAGUCGCUUCUCCUGUUAUUAUGACUCAGCCAACCGGUGCAGCCAAAGUGCAAAUAAGUAAAGCUAUGAUGCACCUGCAACAGAUUACUGACGCUGGUGGCGAAGUAGUUGUAGAACCAAGAAACCAAUUAGACUACAAUGUUGAAACUAAACCCGUCGAUUGGAUUAAGGGAGAUCCACAAGAAAAGUACAAUUUCAUUUCUGAAAUAGCCAGGGGUAAAUUCUCUGCGGUCGUUAAAGCUUUGGACAAAAGCUCCGAUCAAGUGUUUGUUGCUAAGUUGAUCGAUACUGGAUCGCUGGGAGCUGACAACAUCGAAGGAGAAUUUGCAGCAUUAAGAUCUCUACGUCACGAAAGGAUUGCCACGCUUUUUGAAGCAUACAGAGCUUCCGACGGUAAUUCAGUGUUCAUCAUGGAAAAACUCCAAGGUGCAGAUGUGCUCACCUAUUUGUCCACGCGCCACGAAUACACGGAACAAACCGUGGCAAUCAUUGUCUCACAAGUUUUGGAUGGUAUUCAAUACCUGCACUGGAGAGGCCUUUGCCAUUUGGAUUUGCAACCUGACAACGUUGUUAUGUGUGGGGUAAGAUCCGUUCAAGUAAAAUUAGUCGACUUUGGAAGUGCCCACAGGGUAACUAAACUCGGUAACAAAGUACCAGUUGUUGGCCAUCCUGACUACGUUGCACCAGAAGUACUGAGCGAUGAACCAGCUUUCCCCCAAACCGACAUCUGGCAAGUCGGUGUACUCACAUACGUAAUGCUCUCUGGUACUUUACCGUUCAAGGGAGCAGAUGAUAAUGAAAGCAGACAAAACACGUUGUUCGUGCGCUUCAGGUUCGAGCAUUUGUACAAGGAAGUUUCUCAGGAGGGAGUCAGAUUUGUUAUGCUUCUCUUCAAGAGACACCCCAACAAACGUCCAACCGCUGAGGAAUGCCAAGAGAACCGCUGGUUGCUACCAACUGAUUCCAUGAUUAAGAAACGCGAGCGGGCUGUCUUUUUGGGCAACCGUUUGAAGGAAUACAGCGAGGCUUACCAUGCAGAAAAGAGCGCUGACUCCACCUCACUAGGGGGACGUUUGAACCGCUCGCAGAGCUUACAAGAAGAGCUUUUGACGGCGCCCUUCUAAAGCAACUAAUUCUAAACCACUUCUUAGUUAGUUAAUGUAAAUAAUAAAAGAUUUAAUUUAUUUAUUGAAUAAUAUAUACAUAUAUAUAUAUAUUC